AAGAGAGGGGUCGCAACAAGUUGCUGAGUGGAAAGCUUUGCUGAAAGGAGCGCAGGGCGGUCAGCCUUUUAGCAGUAAAGACUGCUGCAGUAAAGAGUCGGGCAGCACCUCAAACCUGAAGCUCACAGGCUGCUGUACAGACUGGAAACACACAGGUAAACUGUAACAGGGCAAGUGAACCUGGUGUCGGCCUACCUGUACCUGUGUACAGUGUACUGACGGAGCGGAGUGUCCACAGUGAGUUGAAGCCGCAGAAAUACCACAAGCUCAGGCGUCAUGUCGGCCGCAGACCAUGAGGAACCGGGGGAACAGGCAGAGACCUUGAGGAUCAUGCUGCUUGGAAAGUGCGGGGCAGGCAAGAGCUCGAGUGGGAACACCAUCCUUGGCCGAGAGGCAUUUAAAUCAGACAUGAAGCUCAGCAGAGUUACUAAGAUCUGCGAAAAGGAGGUCGGGAUGGUUGAUGAUCAACCUGUUGCUGUGAUUGACACUCCCGGGCUUUUUGAAAUUGAGAUCGACCGGAAGAAAGAGGACAUUAUUCGAGAGAUCCUGAAGUGCGUCAAACUCCAGGAACCAGGACCACAUGCCUUUGUGAUUGUGGUCCCUUUGGGAAGGAUGACCCAGGAGGAUCAAGACACCAACACGCUGAUUGAGAAACAUUUUGGCCCAAAUGUGUGGGACUACACCAUCGUGCUGUUCACCCACGGGGAUCGUUUGGAGGGCAAAACAAUAAACGAUGUCAUCUCCGAAAGCGAAGAGAACCUCCGCAACUUCAUACGCAAGUGUAGCGGCGGCUUCCAUGUCUUCAACAACAAGAAUCCAGAGGACUCGGAUCAGGUGACCAGCUUUCUGACAAAGAUCCAUACCCUGGUGGCCCUGAAUGGACGAGGUCACUACCGCACAGACCUGUACCCACCAAAGGAGAGGAGGAUCAGGAAAAUACAGGAGAGCAUCCUCACAACCAGAGAUAAGGAGAUCAACCAAAAGGAGACUGAGCUGCAGGAGCUUCACAAGGACCAAGAGCUGCAGAAGAGAAAGAGGGAGCUGUGGAGAAAAGAGGAGGAGAGGGCCAGACUGGAAGCUGAAAACAAGAUAAGGAACGAGUUCAACACAAUGAUACUGCUCAUUAUUUUGGCGGUCUUGGCUGCAGCAUUCCUGUGUAUUGUGAGUCCAGAUGCAUGUUUGCCAGUACUUGCCACAGCAGUUUUGACUUGGAUUUUAAUCAUAAUCUGUACACGUAUUUCAGGAAAAAUGACAUGGGAUGUUAGAAAUAAGAUAAAGUAACUAUGUUUUGAGAUACUGACAUGCUCUUCAGUCUGUGCUGGAUCUUCUUUGUUUCUUGCAUUCUACUUCAUUUUCUUGCAUGUUGUGUUUCACAUCCUUUUGUUUUUUGGUUGACUGUUCACUAGUUAGAUCUAGGCACAUACAUUUUCUGUGAACUCUUUGAGACAAGCAAAUGA